CCGGGCUCCUGGCCCUGGCAGGUGUCCCUGCAGGAUAAAACCGGCUUCCACUUCUGCGGGGGCUCCCUCAUCAGCGAGGACUGGGUGGUCACUGCUGCCCACUGUGGUGUCAGGACAUCCCACGUGGUCGUGGCUGGGGAGUUUGACCAGCACGCAAAUGAGGAGAACAUCCAGGUCCUGAAGAUCGCCAAGGUUUUCAAGAACCCCAAGUUCAACAUGCUGACCGUCCGUAACGACAUCACCCUGCUGAAGCUGGCCACGCCUGCCCGCUUCUCCGAGACCGUGUCCCCUGUGUGCCUGCCCGCGGCUACGGAUGAGUUCCCCCCUGGUUUGCUGUGCGCUACCACGGGCUGGGGGAAGACCAAGCACAAUGGUGAGCACCACUUGGCCUUUCACCCAGGAAACGUGUCUGGGGCUGGGGCUGAGCAGCGGGGGUCUCCAGGUGGGACCCAUAUGGCUUUUCCUUUUUUUUCUCGUCUAAAUUGCUACACACUCUGAAACCUUUCCAUUUAU